CCGGAAUGCUCCUAUGUUUGCUUGGUAGCUCAUUCGUCCGCCUCCCCGUUUUCAGUCUUUCAGUAGUGUUGAGCCAUCCGAUAUAUACCGGCUUGAGGAAUUUGCUAUUAUGGACUCCGUCACAAGGUCUAUUGCUACGCAUUGCUCCUAUUCAGAAUGUGAAACCUGCUAUCACUUCCUGAUUGGCACCGAGCUGUUUGUAUUAAUGCAAUAUCAACCGUCGUAAUACCCUCAGUACCCAUCAUUUCAAGUGUUAAUUUAGUCUUUCUAGGGCCGAGGCCAACAAUUAUUACGCCGCCGGAUCAACCUAAAUUCACAUUUAUUGACCAUGACGAUGAUUUGAGUUCCAAACGAAUCAAAGAUACUAAUG